AGACAUUGGUCAGGCUGCACACUCAACAUCUGUGUGUGUGUGCGCGCGCCUGCCUGCCUGCCAUCCGAGGCGCACACAGGGGUUCGAGCAGAGUCAUGGGCUCGCGGGGCGCGGCGAGGCACGCGGCUGCCUCCCUUUGCUCGCAAAGCGAGGGAGCGCGCGUUCGCUGAGAGAAGAGCGCGACACAAAACAAGUGCGGAGUCGGGCGCGCGCGGAUACGCGUCUGAUGCGUUUCGAAAGGUGACGCGAGACGGGCUUCGCUCGCGCUGUCGACACGCUCGUUUUAGGUUUUUAUCCAUCAUCUCGCUCCUUUUUUUUUUUUUUUUUUGUUUUAUUUUUUGUUAAUGUCCUCGAGAGGGGGUUACCCGGGGAGCGCCGCGAGCCCGGUGAACCCCGCGGCGAGCCCGGCCCUUAACCCCAUGAGCGCCGGACUCGGAGGCGCGCUGAGGAUGCCCUCGGCCAUGCAGCACGGCGGCGCGGGCUUCCGGUCCAUGAGCGGAGGCGCUCCGCAGUAUCACCAGCGCCCUGGCAUGCCCCCCAACCGAGGGUUGCCCGUGGGAAGCAUGGGGGCGAUGGGAGGACCCGUCCCGGGGCCUUCGUAUGGCUCCGGCAUGCCCAUGCGGCCCGGGAUGCCGCAGGCUGCCAUGGACUCUGCUCGGAAGCGGUUCCUCCAGCAGCAGCAGCAGCAACAGCAGGCUAUGAGUGGCCAAAGACGUGGGAUGAAAAGGCGUAAAAUGGCAGACAAGGUGCUUCCACAGAGGAUUCGAGACCUGGUGCCUGAAUCCCAGGCAUACAUGGACCUGCUGGCCUUCGAAAGGAAGCUGGACCAGACCAUCGCCCGCAAGCGCAUGGAGAUCCAGGAGGCCAUUAAAAAACCAAUAACGCAAAAGCGCAAGCUGCGCAUCUACAUCUCUAACACCUAUUCGCCCGGAAAGCCCGAGGGUGAGGAAGCUGAGAAGGUGGCCUCCUGGGAGCUGAGGGUCGAGGGCAAGCUGCUGGAAGAUCCCGGGAAGCAUAAAAGGAAGUUCUCGUCCUUCUUCAAAAGCUUGGUCAUUGAGCUGGACAAGGAGCUAUACGGGCCAGACAACCACCUCGUUGAGUGGCACAGAAUGCCCACCACCCAGGAGACGGACGGGUUCCAGGUGAAGCGUCCAGGCGACGUGAGCGUGAAGUGCACCCUGCUCCUCAUGCUGGACCACCAGCCUCCGCAGUACAAGCUGGACCCACGCUUGGCUCGCCUGCUGGGGGUCCACACGCAGACCCGCACCAGCAUCAUGCAGGCACUCUGGCUGUACAUCAAGAACAACAAGCUCCAGGACAGCCACGAGAAGGAGUACAUCAACUGCAACCGAUACUUCCGACAGAUCUUUGGUUGCACCCGCAUGAGGUUCUCCGAGAUCCCGAUGAAGCUCGCUAGCCUGCUGCAGCAUCCGGACCCCAUCGUCAUCAACCACGUCAUCAGCGUGGACCCCAAUGAUCAGAAGAAGACGGCCUGCUAUGACAUUGAUGUGGAGGUGGAUGACCCUUUGAAGGGCCAGAUGAACAGCUUCCUGUCCUCCACAACGAACCAGCAGGAGAUCGCAGCCUUGGAAAUGAAGAUCCAUGAGACGAUCGAGUCUAUCAAUCAGCUGAAGACCCAGAGGGAUUUCAUGCUCAGCUUCAGCAACAGUCCCCAGGAGUUCAUCCAGGACUGGCUCAAGUCCCAGUGCAGGGAUCUGAAGCUCAUGACCGACACGGUCGGAAAUCCGGAGGUGGAAAGAUGCUCAGAGUUCUACCAGGCGCCCUGGGUUCCAGAAGCUGUGGGCCGUUACAUCUUUUCCAAGGUGCAGCAGAGGAGACAGGAGCUGGAGCAGGUCCUAGGCAUUCGACUGACUUGAGGUCUCGGUCCCAGGCAGACCCUCCUCCAGCCACGGCCCUCGUUCCUCCCAGGGGUCGGGGUCACCUAGCGCUCCUGGGCCAGAGUCUCCCUUGGCCUCGGCACAGUGGAAAACUGGAUGUGGAAGUUGGAAAUUCUGCAGUCAGACGGCCAAACUGGAAUCAUUCCCAUUCUACUGUUGUAAUUCAUUCAUCCCUCUGCUAUUUCAUUCUUUCAUCCAUUCACUGUUUUCUUCUCUAAGUGAAAUGUAUCUGCAGUUUAACGUGCUGAAGUAUUACUAAGGUUAAAAAAGAAAAAGAAAACCUGCAAAAAAUUUUCUGGUUCAGUAAUAUUUUGGUAUGAAACAAACAGUUUUCCUUCAUUUUUUUUCUUUAUUGCACUCUUUUUGCCUAUUUUGAUGUGACGGAGUGGAAGUGCGCACUUUGGAGCAUCUCGAUUCUCUACAAUAGAACAUAGAUAGAAUUUCCAUUUUUGACGUAGUUUCUUCUUUGCUGUGCCAGGUAUUAUGAUAUAUGCAAUUUAUUUUUCUAUAAUUUUGGAGCAUAGCCAUUGCUUAAGCUGUUUCGGUGCUCGUGCAGUAUUAGUGUCAUUCUGUGAUGGACGUAAAGGCGCUGUCUUCCCUUUUUUUGUAAAUAUGACAUUUGCUGAAGCCUGAAAAAGAUUUGGCCCACUUGGACAUUUGUCCUGACUGGUUCCAGAACUCAAGCUUGAUGUUACUCUCAGGAACCCCGUGUGAUGCGGCGUGGCUCUCGGCCCGACGGAUGACGCUGUCCCCCUGCCAGGGAGAUGCACUCCGCAGGCUAGCUGUUCUCGUUCAGGACGUUUUACCGUGCUUGAGUGUUUACGGUCCAUUUGUUCUUGCGAGGGUGUUGCGCUGUUAGGAAGCCGAAGGAGAGGGGACUCGGAGUCUCUGUCCGGAGACUUUGACACGUGAAAUGUAACAUUGCUCCGGUAGGAAUCCAAGCCAUAGGUGGGGUGGAGGCGUCUCUCGCUCGGCAGGCAGCACGGUCGCAGUGCUCGGUCCUCUUCGAGUCCCGCAUCGCGCUGCAGGCCGCAAAGAUCGACUCUUGAUAAACAUUCCAGUAUCGCAGACGGUGUUUGUUUACAUGUGCUUGUAACUGCUGCGUGGGCUCGUCUAUGGGGUGAAGAUGUACUUUUUUUUUUUUUUUUUUUGUAAUGCAACAUGUGGUAAAGUUACUUCUUACUGGGUGAUUUAAUUUUUUAGGGGUUUAGGGUUUCCUUUUAAUUUUCCAAUCUUUGUUAAAUUCUGAAAAAUAUGUUUUCACAUUUUGCAGCCUAUUUGCAAAGUGUGAACAGGAGAGCUGUUGUUCCCCACGUGCCUAUAGAAUUCCCGCACUGUUCAUGAUCCUGACUCGGUAAUAAACAGUGGGCACCGUUGCAGGAAACUUGACCUGAGCAGCACUGCUAUACGUUUUUCAAAAAAAUAAAUAAAUAAAAUCAAGGUGUGGUGGCGGGUUGUGCUGACCUUGUCUGUGUUUAGUUUUAUACGUCGUAUAGCAGAACUGUGGUGCUUUAUUUUAUUCAGGAAAAAAAAAGUGAUUUGUGCACCAUUUGAAUUUUAUAACCUUUUAUACAUAUGUAUUUUUGGAUUACUUUGGUACAUUUAUAAAAUAAAGGUGCUUGCA